AUGUGGUCUCUGAGCAACUCCGGACACAAAACAGCUGGGACCGUCAACCUCGGGAUCUCUCCUCCCUUUCCUCCUUUCAGCGCUUUUCCAAUUGCUCCUCACUCACCGACUCCCUCUCCAUCCCAAGCGGCCCCGGGAACCCGCCUUUCCCAGGACAGAAAGCGGAUCCCAGAUUCAAGAGACGCCUGCCGGUUGCUAAGCAACCGGCUUCUUCCGAGGCCUACUCGGCCAAGCCCGGCCCCGGUUAAGGAAGAGGCGGUGGCAUCGUCCGGCCUCAGGGCGGAAGCGCAAGGGGGCGAAGCGGCGGCCCCGGGAUGCCGCUGGCGGGAGAGGCGGAGGCGCGGCGGCGCCGAGCGACGCAAGAGAGGCUGGAGAAGUUCGCCAGGUAAAACUGUACAGACUGGAGAGUUUUGGGAUGUUGUUGUAAUAACAGCAGUUGAUAAAAAGCAAGAAAUAGCGUAUCAAAAACAAUUAUCAGAAAAGCUGAAAAGAAAAGAAUUGCCCCUGGGAGUGGAUUAUCAUGUUUUUGCUGAUCCUCCUGGACCAAAAAUUGGAAAUGGUGGAUCAACACUUCAUGCCCUUCAGUGCUUAGAAGAGAAUUAUGGAGAUAAAUGGGAUACCCUCACUAUCAUAUUAAUUCAUUCUGGUGGUUAUAGUCAACGUUUACCGAACGCCAGUGCCCUGGGAAAAAUUUUCACAGCUUUGCCUUGUGGGGAUCCAAUUUACCAAAUGCUUGAUUUGAAAUUAGCCAUGUACAUUGAUUUUCCUGCUUGUAUGAAUCCAGGUGUUUUGAUUACAUGCGCAGAUGAUAUUGAAUUUUAUAAUAUUGAUGCAACAGAACCCCUAAGGUUUAAUCAGCCUGGAUUUACUGCAUUAGCUCAUCCUUCCAAUUUGAGCAUUGGUACAACUCAUGGAGUUUUUAUAUUGGAGCCUCCAUUACACCUGAUAGAAAAAGAACUUGACUACAGAUCUUGCCAUUGUUUUCUGCAUAAGCCUAGCAUUGAAAAAAUGUAUCAGUCUGGAGCAGUGCAUAAAAGGAGUGAUUAUCAAACAUUGCCUUCUGGAGAACUGGGAGAUUCACUUAUGGAAUCUGAAUUUGUAUAUACAGACAGCUUAUUUUACAUUGAUCACACCACUGCAAAAUUUCUGCUAACAUUUUAUAAACAGAUAGGCAAACUUUGCUAUGAAAUAGAUGCCUAUGGUGAUUUUCUGCAGGCAUUAGGGUCUGGAGCAACAAAAGAUUAUGCAAAAAAGAUUGAAAAUGUCACAAAAGAAUCAGGUCUAAUAGAAAUAAGGGAGAAGGUAUUUAAUACACUAAAAGGUUUGCCUCUCAAUGUUAUACUCCUAAAUAAUUCCAAAUUCUAUCAUAUUGGAACUACUCGUGAGUGUUUGUUUCAUUACACUUCUGAUAGAAAACUGAAAUUGGAGUUGGGUCUGCUGCCAAAUGUUUUUAGCAUCUGUUCAAACAAGGCAGAAGACUUGGAUAAAUCAGCUUGUAUCAUUCACAGUAUGCUUAGUUCAAAGUGUUUUGUUGCACCUGGUUCACUAAUUGAAUAUUCUAGAUUAGGUUCCAAGGUUUCAGUGGGAACAAACAGUAUCAUCAGUGGCUGUUCCAUUGACACAAAAGCAGACAUACCCCCAAAUACUUUUAUGACAACCUUGAGCAUAAGAAUUGAUGGAGAAUUGAGGUAUGUGACCGUGGUGCUGGGCAUAGAAGAUAACUUGAAACAGAAUGUGGCAAGUCUUGCAGAUAUACACCCACUAAGUCUUUUUGGCAUUGGACUUAAACAAUGCUUAGAGCUUUGGGGCUUGAGAAUUUCAGGUGACCUCUUUUCGGGGGACAAAACAUCUUUGGGUUUGUGGACAGUUCGAAUCUUCCCUGUAUGCUCCCAUUUAAGUGAUUCAGUAAAAGUGUCAUUAGGGAUUUUAAACUCUGUACAAAAUAAGUCCCCAUUUAAGUUAGAUAGUUUUAAGCUGUUGUCUAUUGAACAAAUACUUUGCUACAAAGAUGUUGAAGACAUGCUGAAAUUCCGACAGCAACUUUAUGAAGAAAUCAAUCUGCAGAAACUGAAAGAGAAAUCUAUUAUAUAGAAGUGGCUGAAAAAUGGUGCUUUCCCCCGUAUUUUAAUUCAAUGAGGGCUAAUUGCUUUCAAGGUUUCCAAACCCCAGAAGCAAGCACUAUGCAUAUUUUUGUGUUUCAUUGAAGUAGAAAUAAUGAAACUGCAUUAAGACUGUUAUUGUAGCAUAACAUUAAUAAUGCAAAAAAUGCAGAUAAACUAUUCUUUUGAUGAAAACAUUAAUGAAAUAUUUCAAAUCUAUAAAAACACAAAGGAGGAAAUUUUCUUCGCUUCAUAUUAUUACGUUUUCAGAGUUUUUAUUAAUUCAAGUGGGAAUUACAAGUUAAUAAUUAGGCAUUUGAUUGAAAACUACUCAAAAGUUUUUAUAUAGCAAAAGUUAUUUCUGACAACAUUCUUAUUUUUCAGGGUGGUUCAUUGCAAAUGAACAAUAAAGUUAUUUCUUAAAUGUA